CUGAUUCAGAGAGAGUUUAUGCGCUCUGGUGGAAAUAACUGAUAAGCUUCACACUGUAUGACUGUUUUUGGUGCAGGAGAAUGUUUGGGCUUGACCUCAGCUGUGAUCUGCAUUGGUGGACGGCUGCUGUCGUAAAACCCUCUCUCAUCCUUCUACUCUUCCUGCCAGUCAUUAGGCCAGUGUUUAUAUAAAGGCCAGGAUCAUCAACAGCAUGUCCGAGACGCCCGUCCAACCACAUAUGAGAGCGGAAGACAUCCUAGCAGAGAUCCGAGCAAACCUGCUGGAGUGCAAAGUGUGUUUUGAGAAGUUCUCCAUUCAGAAGCGAGACCACACACCCCGAAAUCUUCUCUGUGGCCACGUGCUGUGUCUCAAAUGCAUUUGUGCACUUUCCCAUCCUGUAAACCAGAGGCUGGAGUGUCCCUUCUGUAGGAAACUGGGGGACGUUGGCAGCACCUCCGAAUGCCGUGCGCUCACCGAUCUCCAGGAGCUUCUGCUGUCAAAAGCUUGUCCCAGGUUGUAUGAUAGAGUCAUGGGAUGGACUGAAAGCUUGGGAUCUGGGAUGCUGCGCCUCCGUUCGGCCUUUGGAGGAUGGGGAAACAUUGUUAACCCUUCAGGGAUGGUUGUUUCUGAAACAUCAGGACAGAUUGUUUUGGUGCACGAUGGUGAGAAAAGAGUUGCCGUUUUUGGUGCGCAAGGAACUCUUUUGGACGGCUUUGGACUUUAUGGACACGACCCGUCUGAUUUAUGUCACCCACUUGAUGUUGCGUUGACCAAAAGUGGACAUGUUUUGGUCACAGAUGGUGGUGACCAAUCAGUCAAAGUCUUCACUUCCAAAGGCCAUCUUGUGGUGGCCAUCCGAGACUCUUUUCGGCUGCCGUGGGGUGUUGAUGUGGACACCCGUGGAUGUGUUUUUGUGACCGACGCUGAGAUGGGAACACUUAGCCAGGUCAUAAUAGACUUUUCUCGUGGGGUAGUCCUAGUUAACAGAGUGGUUUUCAAAGAUCUUACGUGUCCACGUACAGUAGCUUCUUGCAAAGCAUCGGGAAACAUCGCAAUUGUGGAGCGUUUUCAGGCCGGAUUCAAUGCUUCAUGUUUGAGAAUAUUCAAUAGCGAUUUUGUUCCUUUGACGCAGGUGGACAGUUUCACUCUUAACUUGAAGAACUCUCUGAGUUUGUCUAUAUCUUCAGUGGUUUUUGAUCGAAAUGGAGAUGUGAUUGUAGGGGAUGUGCAGAACGGGAUGGUCUGGAAUUUGGGAAAGCCGCAGGAAACACCUGCGCUGACUCCACUAGUGAGUGGACUGCGGCGUCCAGUGGCAUUGGCUGUGACAACACUGAAUGUGCUUGUUGUCUUGGACGGAGGAGAUCAUGCAGUCAAGUUCUAUGCGGCAGACACAGAUGAUUUGUACUGUGAUAAAAAAUGAGAGGUGUGAAUACACAACUAGUGUGUUCGACAAAGUAGAAUCCAUGUAUGCUGUUUAGGUGGAUUGAGGUGUGAUGAUGGGAUUUUGGUGUGUGUUGUGAGUUGAUGUUGUGUAAAUGGUGUUUCAUGGCAUGAUGGCUAAAGCUCAAAGCUAAUAAAUUGAAAGCUUCAAGCCACACAGUCAGAGUUCACGUUUAUUGGUCAAGUAAGUUGUAUACUUACCUGGAAUUUGACUUGUAAGCGUGUCAUAUAAAUAUUACACAAAAUAUACAUGCUUGAGUAUAUUGACAAGUGUGUACAAAAUGCAAUGCAGUGCAUGUACAUGUUGUAUAUGUAUUGAUUUAUGCACUUAAAGGGUUAGGUCACCCAAAAAUGAAAAUUCUGAUUACUCAACCUCAUGUCGUUCUACACCCGUAAGACCUUCGUUCAUCUUCAGAACAAAAAUGAAGAUCUUUUUAAUGAAAUCUGAGAGAUUUCUGUCCAUAGACAGUCUAUGCAACUGACAUUUUAAAGCUUCAAAAAGUUCAUUAAGAGUUUGUAAAAUCUAAUCCAUAUGAAUUGAGCAGUUUAGGCCAAAUUUUCUGAAGAGACAUCGAUCGCUUUAUAUGAUGAACAGAUUGAAUUUAGGCUUUUAUUCACAUAUAAACAUUCAUCAACUCACACAUCAGUUGUGGUAAACAGAAGUUCAAGCAUGUUUGCUUGACGCGUACGAGAACCAAUGAGGUUCAUUCUCGUGUUACGCAGCACGUUUGAGCUUCCUCAACAGAUAUGUUCUCGUGAGGUUCGGUUAAGCUUCUGUUGAUGUUCGCUGAUCAAUGUUUAUGUGAAUAAAAGCCUAAAUUCAUCAUAUAAAGUGAUCGAGUCUCUUCAGAAAAUUUGGACUAAACCACUCAAUUCAUAUGGAUUAGUUUUAUGAUCUCUUUAUGAACUUCUUGAAGCAUCAAAGUUUCAGUUGUGUAGGCUGUCUAUGGAGGGACAGAAAUCUCUCAGAUUUCAUCAAAAAGAUCUUCAUUUGUGUUCCGAAGAUAAACGAAAGUCUUACGGGUUUGAAACAACAUGAGGUUGAGUAAUUAAUGAGAGAAUUUUCAUUUUUUUGGGUGAAUCCCUUUAAUUCCUUGUUGCUCCAGUGGGAUUGUCCUUGACUUCCUCUAAGUAUACUGUAAGUUGUUUUGAAUAAUCCAGUGUAUGCUAAAUCUAGAGCUUACUUGCCAAGCCUACUUUUCUUUUCUUAGAUGAACUGAUUAUGGUUACCUUGUGAUUGUAAACACAUACAUUUUCUAAAUUCAAUCAUUUGUAUGUGCAUCAAACCUGAUAUUCCUUGCUGAACAAAUUCAGGCACUGGUUCCCACAUGAAUUGGCAUGCCAUUCAAUGGGUUUUUAAUAACCAAACUGUCCAUUGACGUAGUUGACAUGCAUACAGCCUAUGCUUUGAUGUUUGCACAUAAUGCACAAAUAAUUUUUUUUCAUGGUGGUCCUGAAACCUAAAGUAUGGGAAAAAUUGCCACAUUGGCACAAAAUGACUUUUCAAAGUUGGUUAUAAUCAAAGUCAUUUUAAGUGAGUACACCCUGUUACAUACUGUCUGCAUACUUAUUUAAAAUGGCAUGCAUUACAUUUGUAUUAAAUUCUUCAUUUUGAAUCCACAGAGAUUAAAGCAACCCUAGGGGAAUCCCAUAAUCUACUCUGCUCCAUUUCCCUUGAUCCUUCCAGAGCGGGGUUGUCGUCACAGCACGUUAUAAAGCACUUCUUACUGAAACUCGCAUCUCACUGAAAAUGACCCUCACUUUCACUAGAGAAAAUCAGAUUAAUGUGCUUUGUCAUUACUCAUGACACAAACUGUGCAUUAGUUUCACUAAGUGUUUGCGUUUUAGCUGCAUAUAAUGGGAAGUGCAAGUAUGAAAAACUAACAAUAGUUCAAAUGUUCUUACAAAAAAAAAGAAGUAAAUUGCUAGAUAUUUUUACAAGUAAAAUAAGUUUUAGGGCAUGCAUGUUUUGGGAGUGCGUUUGUAAAAAAAAAUAAAGGCAAUUUAUUGA